CCUACUAAAAAAAAGUUGACAUAUAACCUAAAAAUUUUCGACGGAGUAAGUGGAAGAAAAUCUGUUUGUAAAAAAUCUCGUAGAAUUUAAUUUGAUACGUUUACGAACUCUACAGCAGUAUUUUUUGAAUAAAAAUGGCUGAAGAAAUACAGAAAAAGAUGCAAAAGGAGUUGGAGAUAUUCAGUGGAGUACAAAAAGAAUUUAAAAAAGCCGUAUCUCAGAAACAACAGUUAGAUAGUCAAUUAAAUGAAAAUAAAGCUGUUAAAGAGGAACUCCUGUUGCUUAAGAAAGAUGCAGAAGUAUACAAACUUAUCGGUCCAGUAUUGGUUAAGCAAGAUUUGGAAGAAGCUAAACAAAAUGUCAACAAACGAAUGGAAUAUAUCACUAAAGAAGUAAGGAGGACGGAAGGACAUAUAUCGGCUUUAGAAAACAAACAAGACGCAAUACAGACUAACCUUAAUAAACUGAAGAAUAACUUAGGAAAUUUAAAAAUUUCUGCUUAAAUUUUAUUUUACUAAAAAUCUAUUUAAAUGUACUAAGUUAUAGCGUUGGCUUUUUACCUAGUUUGGUUUGUACGAAAAUUUUAAUAAAUUUACAAUGUACUAUAA